AUGCUGUACGCUGACCGCACACUCAAAACAGUACAGGGACAGUUCCAAAAACUAGGGGGUGUGAUUAAGGAUGGACAGAAGGUGAUUGACAUCACACCGGGCGCUAUGGUAACGGUGACGACAGUCAGCGGGGUAUACAUAGCUAUGAGCUUGGUGAUCACAGCUGGACCCUGGGCCAACAUCCUGCUGUCCCACACAGGCUACCAGUUGCCUCUAUCAGUGAUAAAGAUGAACGUGUGCUACUGGAGGGAGCAGAUCCCUGGCUCCUACAACGUCCAGCACCGCUUCCCCUGCUUCAUCCAGCUGGAGUCAGAGGAGGCCAAGAAUUACAUCUACUGCCUCCUGUCCAAUGAGUACCCAGGCCUGAUGAAGGUUUGGACUUGUCGAUACCAUAACGGCCCUGAGACGGACCUUGACAAGAGGAACAGACAGACGGACCUAUUAAUACUCUCAGGGCUGCAUGUACCCAGUGAGUAUUAA